AUGACCUACGAGCGAGCAAAGCAGACUUCGCCUCUAGAGCUUGGGUACAAGUUACCUGAAAAGCCGAGCAAACGAGGAACUCUCUCUAGAAGCAACCAUGUAUUCACAUUCCAAGAGAAGAAUAUCAUGAAACGAGCGACCGAACAUGAAGAAUACAGCAAAGGUGGCAUGCGCUUAACUGGGCUACCAAAGUUCGACGAUCUCAAGAACUACGGCAUAUCUACGAAGACCGAGAAACACCUCUGGACAUUGGAAAUUCGACGAUUGGCAGCGGAUGCGGCCUCGGAAGACGCUCUGAUCUUCGACAGUAGCGGAACCUUCGACCGAACAGACUCGACGACAUUUGAGAAUCUCUCAAAUCUUGCUGAUCAAAUUGCAUGCAACUUUUGCAUAGUGAUACAUGACAAUACCCUCCACAUACUGGAACAUUGCCGUUGGAUCUCUACCCUUUCGACAGCAGUCCGGAACUUCAAAGAUGCUAGAACACGACUCACCACCAGAUUUGAACAAGACGAAGAAAAGGUGAAGGCUCGUCGUCCAAAACUACUCGAAUCCGCCGACGACAACCGCAAAGUAUACUUCGCACUCGUUGAUUACAUCACUAGCCAUGUUGCCAGACUGAUGGUGCGCUCCGCAACAGGCGAUUAUUGGAACCAUCACUCCCUGGCAAUCCUGGCCAAAUGGUCUGCGAAGCUGAAGAUACUGUCCUAUAACCCGGCUCAAUACGCCUCUCUAUCUCUGGCUGCCGCGGAAGACUUACUAGAACGCAUGACCGAUACCGAGGCCAAAGAGAACCUACAGGUACUGAAGGUUCGCGCUACAGAUGCGAAGGCCGAUAACAAGGACGAUAUGGACAUCGACUCGCAAGCCGAAGCCGACAUUACAGGCUACUACUUUCAGGAUCAUUACGGAAUGCAGGUCUUCCUAUCACAGCUCUUCAACUACGCAGUUAAUGCCCUGUACGCAUCUGAGAAGACUGGAAAUCCGCCUAACAGCUUCGAGGUCUGCACACUAGUAUACGAGACGGGUCUUCGACGAAGCUUGACGGUGAUAUCGAGCGAUCGCAGAGGUGACGUGGCAGCGACUUCGGACGCUACGCAUGUGACCUGCAGCUACACUGCUUUUCAGAAUUUGAGAAAGAAUUUUGAACAUCUCAAAGCGGAACGCCAACCGCCCCGCGACGAUGCGCGUGACCAAACAAGUAUCCACUGUCAAUACAAAGACGGCUCCGUAUCACAAGACCACGUCUUCCGUACAUCACGCUUCGACGACAUAGUUUCCAUCAUGAUUCCUCUUUCAUUGACUGAUCCGUUUAUCGGAAUUGGAAUGGGUCUGAUGCUGGACUUUGCAACUGGUAACAGCGAGGACGAAGAUCCCGUGUUACAGUUUGAACGGAAACAUUUUACCGCCAAAUUCGUUGUUACGACUGCAGCGUGGGAAGAUAGACAGCAUAAGCUCAAGUUCGCCAAUGUUGCUCGUCAACCUGAUCUUGAAGUCUUGUCGGUGUCUCAAAGCCCUUUGAGUAAAGCGAUACGUGGUAAGGCUAUUUCAACCUUUUCGGAUCGUUUAGGCUAUACUGACUAUCACAAGCUGGUACUAGUUUCAAGGACAUCUUAG